AUGGUCCUGACGCUGCUCCUCUCAGCCUACAAGCUGUGCCGCUUCUUCGCCAUGUCGGGCCCACGGCCGGGCGCCGAGCGGCUAGCUGUGCCGGGGCCGGACGGGAGCGGCUGCGCUGGGCCGUGGUGGGCGGCGGGCGGCCGCGGGCCCCGCGAGGUGUCGCCAGGGGCGAGCACCGAGGUGCAGGGCGCCCUGGAGCGCGCGCUGCCCGAGCUGCAGCAGGCGCUGUCGGCUCUGAAGCAGGCAGGCGGCGUGCGGGCCGUGGGAGCCAGCCUAGCCGAGGUCUUCCAGCUGGUGGAGGAGGCCUGGCUGCUACCGGCCGUGGGCCGCGAGGUAGCCCAGGGUCUGUGCGACGCCAUCCGCCUGGACGGUGGUCUGGACCUGCUGCUGCGCCUGCUCCAGGCGCCGGAGCUGGAGACACGCGUGCAGGCUGCCCGCCUGCUGGAGCAGAUCCUGGUGGCAGAGAAUCGGGACCGAGUGGCGCGCAUCGGGCUGGGCGUGAUCCUGAACCUGGCAAAGGAGCGGGAGCCGGUGGAGCUGGCGCGGAGCGUGGCCGGCAUUUUGGAGCACAUGUUCAAGCACUCGGAGGAGACGUGCCAGCGGCUGGUGGCGGCCGGCGGCCUGGACGCGGUGCUGUACUGGUGCCGCCGCACGGACCCGCCGCUGCUCCGCCACUGCGCGCUGGCGCUGGCCAACUGCGCGCUGCACGGGGGCCAGGCGGCGCAGCGGCGCAUGGUGGAGAAGCGCGCCGCCGAGUGGCUCUUCCCGCUCGCCUUCUCCGAGGACCAGCUGCUCCGACUGCACGCCUGCCUUGCCGUGGCGGUGCUGGCCACCAACAAGGAGGUGGAGCGCGAGGUGGAGCGCUCGGGCACGCUGGCCCUCGUGGAGCCGCUAGUGGCCUCACUGGACCCCGGCCGCUUCGCCCGCUGCCUGGUGGACGCCAGUGACACCAGCCAGGGCCGCGGGCCUGACGACCUGCAGCGCCUCGUGCCGCUGCUUGACUCGUCGCGCUUGGAGGCGCAGUGCAUCGGGGCUUUCUAUCUCUGUGCCGAGGCUGCCAUCAAGAGUCUGCAGGGCAAGACCAAGGUAUUCAGCGACAUAGGUGCCAUCCAGAGCCUGAAACGCCUCGUCUCCUACUCCACGAAUGGUACCACGUCGGCGCUGGCGAAGCGCGCGCUGCGCCUGCUGGGCGAGGAGGUGCCGCGGCCCAUCCUGCCCAGCGUGGCCAGCUGGAAGGAAGCCGAGGUCCAGACAUGGCUGCAGCAGAUCGGCUUCUCCCAGUACUGCGAGAACUUCCGGGAGCAGCAGGUGGAUGGAGACCUGCUUCUUCGGCUCACGGAUGAGGAACUCCAGACCGACCUGGGCAUGAAGUCAGGCAUCACCCGCAAGAGAUUCUUUAGGGAGCUCACGGAGCUCAAGACCUUCGCCAGCUACGCUACAUGCGACCACAGCAACCUGGCUGACUGGCUGGGCAGCCUGGACCCGCGCUUCCGUCAAUACACCUAUGGCCUGGUCAGCUGCGGCCUGGACCGCUCCCUGCUGCACCGAGUGUCAGAGCAGCAGCUCCUGGAGGACUGCGGCAUCCGCCUGGGCGUGCACCGCGCCCGCAUCCUCACGGCCGCCAGAGAAAUGCUACACUCCCCGCUGCCCUGCACCAGCUGCAAACCCAGCGGGGACACUCCAGACGUCUUCAUCAGCUACCGCCGGAACUCAGGCUCCCAGCUUGCCAGCCUCCUGAAGGUGCACCUGCAGCUGCAUGGCUUCAGUGUCUUCAUUGAUGUGGAGAAGCUGGAAGCGGGCAAGUUCGAGGACAAGCUCAUCCAGAGUAUCAUGGGUGCCCGCAAUUUUGUGCUGGUUUUGUCAGCUGGGGCUCUGGACAAGUGCAUGCAGGACCACGACUGCAAGGACUGGGUGCACAAGGAGAUUGUGACUGCUUUGAACUGUGGCAAGAACAUCGUGCCCGUCAUUGAUGGAUUCCAGUGGCCAGAGCCCCAGGCCCUGCCUGAGGACAUGCGGGCUGUACUCACCUUCAAUGGCAUCAAGUGGUCCCACGAGUACCAGGAGGCCACCAUUGAGAAGAUCAUCCGCUUCCUGCAGGGCCGCUCCUCCCGCGACUCAUCUGCGGGCUCGGACACCAGUUUGGAGGGUGCUGGAACCCCUGGGCCCCGCUUAACCAGUCCCUAAUUCCCAAGCCCUGCCGUGACCCCCCAUUUCCAUCCCCCCACCCCCAAUGGAACAGCUCCUCAAACUGGCUUCCCUGGGCUGAGACAGCCUGGGAUCUUCUCAGGAAAUGGUUUUCUGCCUCUCCCAACCCUCACCGUCCACCUCAAACCCAGCUUCCUCAGUAUUUAGAAAGGGAAGGGAAGCCAGGCAUUGGGGAUGCUAAGACGUCCCCUAGGCCCUGCCCCCAGGUCCUGUCUCGGGCAUGGGUGGGUCACUGCUCAGCUCUGGAGACUCUGGAGAAUGAGGAGGGUAUGCUGCAUGCUAACCCCUCUCCUGCCCUGCCAGCAGCCAGCUUGAGAAGAGUGAAGGCAGGCAGCCUCGGGCAGGGCUCAGUGCAACGGCCAACCCUCCCCACCAAACAAGGGCUUGGGCCCAGGAGCCAGCUAGGGAUGAGAGGCUAGCCAUGGCUCUCCACCGAGACUGCGCCUGGCCCCUGGGCUCACCACUUCCUGCCAUACUGUGGCCUUGCCCUGUAACCAUUCAGGGCCCUUAGCUGGCCUGGUCUGCUCCCAGGUCCACACCCAGCCUUCCUGAUGUGCAGCCUCCUUUGCCACAUCUGGGGUCAGGGCGAGACUGAGCCGGCCCUCACUCUGGCUGGUCUGCGGCCACGGCCUGCACUCACCGGUGCAUGGGAGCCCCCUGCUUGAGCCUGAGCAGGGGAGGCUGCUUCUCAAAGAGCAGCUAGCCACCCUACCUAGCCUUGGUGCUGUGCGCCAGGCCUCUGCCCGGCAUGGCCCAGCUCCCUUCCUCAGCCCCUCACCCUUCCAAGGCU